UGACAUGUAUUACACGUGCAGUUUAAGUGGGGAAGAGGGAGUGAAUGAUAAGUUGCCUGUGAUUCAGAAUCUUCCGCAUGAGAGGAAAACUAGUGAGCAAGUGUUUAUAUGACAUCUCUGAGUAAAAAGCCAAACUUCUUCAUCAGGCAUUUUUUACCAUCUGUGAAAACUUCCCUGUAAUUCAUUCUCCUUACCACACUAUUAAGAAUUAUACCAAUUGAAAAGAUAUGAAUGAAUAUCCUAAAAAAAGAAAAAGGAAGACAUUACACCCUUCUCGUUACUCAGAUUCCUCUGGAAUAAGCAGAAUUGCAGAUGGAUUCAAUGGAAUUUUUUCUGAUCAUUGUUACAGCGUCUGUUCUAUGAGACAACCAGACUUAAAAUAUUUUGACAACAAAGAUGAUGAUUCUGAUACAGAGACAUCAAAUGACUUGCCAAAAUUUACAGAUGGGAUCAAGGCCAGAAAUAGAAAUCAGAACUACCUGGUUCCUAGUCCUGUACUUAGAAUUCUAGACCACACUGCCUUUUCUACAGAAAAAUCUGCUGAUAUUGAAAUUUGUGAUGAAGAAUGUGACUCACCUGAAUCAGUCAACCAACAAACUCAAGAAGAGAGUCCUAUAGAAGUUCACACCGCUGAAGAUGUUCCAAUUGCUGCAGAAGUACAUGCAAUUUCUGAAGAUUAUGAUAUAGAAACAGAAAACAAUUCCUCUGAGAGUCUCCAAGACCAAACUGAUGAGGAGCCACCAUCUAAACUUUGCAAAAUUCUGGACAAGAGCCAAGCUUUAAAUGUGACUGCCCAGCAGAAGUGGCCUUUACUAAGAGCUAAUAGCAGUGGCCUCUAUAAAUGUGAACUUUGUGAGUUCAACAGCAAAUACUUUUCUGACUUAAAGCAGCAUAUGAUCCUGAAGCAUAAGCGUACUGAUUCAAAUGUGUGCCGAGUAUGCAAGGAAAGUUUCUCCACCAACGUGCUUCUGAUCGAGCAUGCCAAACUGCAUGAAGAGGAUCCCUACAUUUGUAAAUACUGUGAUUAUAAAACAGUGAUUUUUGAGAACCUCAACCAGCACAUUGCAGAUACCCAUUUUAGUGACCACCUUUACUGGUGUGAGCAGUGUGAUGUACAGUUCUCCUCAAGCAGUGAACUCUACCUACAUUUCCAGGAGCACAGCUGUGAUGAACAGUACUUGUGUCAGUUUUGUGAACAUGAAACGAAUGAUCCAGAAGACUUGCAUAGCCAUGUGGUAAAUGAACAUGCAUGUAAAUUAAUUGAGUUAAGUGAUAAGUAUAACAACGGAGAACAUGGACAGUAUAGCCUCUUAAGCAAAAUUACUUUUGACAAAUGUAAAAACUUUUUUGUAUGUCAAGUAUGUGGUUUUCGGAGCAGACUUCAUACAAAUGUUAACAGGCAUGUUGCUAUUGAACAUACUAAAAUUUUCCCUCAUGUUUGUGAUGACUGUGGGAAAGGCUUUUCAAGUAUGCUAGAAUAUUGCAAACAUUUGAAUUCACAUUUAUCUGAAGGGAUUUAUUUAUGUCAAUACUGUGAAUAUUCAACAGGACAAAUUGAAGAUCUUAAAAUUCAUCUAGAUUUUAAACAUUCAGCUGACUUACCUCAUAAAUGUAGUGACUGCUUGAUGAGGUUUGGAAAUGAGAGGGAAUUAAUAAGUCACCUACCAGUCCAUGAGACAACUUGAUUAUAUUCUUUAACUGCCAAAAUGUUAAUGUAAAAUAAUAAAUUUGACUUUUGGAGUUGUUAAAAUGGAUGAUUUUUAAACAACUUAUGAGAAUUGUCUUUAACAAGUAAGUUUUUUUUUUAAUUGUUCGAUUUUCUUAGCGUUGCUACAUUUUUCAUUACAUGUAUCUUAAAUAUGGUAUUUUCAGCGCAGGUAGUUCAUAGUUCUAACCACUAUUGGUGUCAUCUUGUUUCUUAUAUAAGCUCUGAUUUCAUGAAUUGAUGAGAAACAGAUGUACUGAAGAAACUAUACUACAAUUUUCGUUCUGUAACCGCGAGUGCUAUUAACUUUUUUAAACUCAAGACAAGCUCAGUUUUUAAUGUAUGAAGUCAUUAAAAUGCAAUGUAACAUACAAUUAAGUCUACUGAUGCUCCCAUUAAUAAGAACCCAGACCCUCCUCUUGCAUUCCCAUCAGGAAUUAUCCCCGAGGCUAUCAGUGGACUCUCCAUCUGUGUAAUUCUUUUAAUAACACUAGGAGGCAAAUGUUAUAAUAGGAAGAGAAGAUCCAGUUUUGUUGGCAGUCUUUAUUUUAUUCUAUUUUAGCCCUUAUCCAUGAGUUAAAUAAUUUAAGAAAGGAAGUAGUAAGGGGUUUGACAAUAAAAAGUAACAUUUCAUUACUCACAUCCUGUUAAUGAUUCAUUGUAAGGUAUGCAACAGCAGAGUCAGCCCAAACUUCUUGAUGUCAAAUCAUGUAUUGACUGAGAAUACCCACUGUAAUGGGUAUAUUAACACAGUAGUGUAAACAUGGAAUUAGGAAGAUCUGGGAGAUAAGGUAUUCCUGGCCUUUCUUCUUAGCUUGUAGAUGGCAGUCUUUAUUCAUGUGCUAUUCUCUUUGUAUACAAGCCUGUCUCCCAAAUUUCCCUUCUUUAUAAAAUCACCAGUCAUUAACUGGGUUAGUGUUAUUUUAACCUAGUAAAGACCCUAUCCCCAAAUAAGGUCAUAUUUUGAGGUAUUGGGGCUCAGGACUUCAACAUAUGCAUUGGAGGAUGGGAAGAAGAGAAACAACAACCACAUUUCAAUAGCUUCUUAAAUAGCAGUAUCACAAAAAUAGAAUUUUGUCUAUCAUUGGACUCUAAUAAACACUGCCACUAACAAUAUUCAUGUUCAGGAAUAUUGUUACAGUGGAAGAGAUCAGUUUACAAUAUAUGGUUCUCCCACUACAAGAACCAUGGAAAUGUAGCCUAUUUUGAGAAUGGUGACAGCAACAAGCUUUUUCAAAACCAUUUUUAUCUCUACUAUUGCCAUAUAUGGAUAAUUAUAUUCCUAGAAACUCAUUUGAUUGGAACAUUACAGGUAGGGUUGCCCAAUAAAAAUGUUUCUUAGAAGACUUAAAGUCAUAGUGGUUUAAACCGGCAGAGAAUCUUAGAAACCAUCUAGUCUAAACCCUCUAGUUUUCUAUUGUAGAAAUAGGCCAAGGUCACAAAAUCAGUUGUAGCAGACGGGAGUGGAAUCCAAAUUAUUUGGCUUUUAGUCUAGUGUUGUUUCCAUUACAUGGUGUUACAUUAAGAUCUAAAGUUUGUCCUUGGGGUGUUUUCCAUGACUACUUAACCUAGUGACGCGGCUACCUUCUUGGUAAUUCUGUUUUUAUGCCUUUUUGAUAUACAUCCAGGUUCCAGAAUUUUAUUUUCAGGAAACACACUUUAAAUAAGUAAUGCCUUGUUUUUAUUUUCAGUUCUGUAUUUUACUGCUUUACAUUUGAUCACACUAAUCAAAGUGAUUGUAAUGAAACCUCAGGAGAUAUUAAUCCAAGUCUUAGAACCAUAUUUAAUUUUGUACUUUUUGAUGAAUCUGCAGCUUGAGGCCACAUCUCACUGACAGUGUGUCCAAUAAAAACGUUUUACUUUGACUUAACAUUCAGAUAAGUUGAUGACACCAAAAAUUGCUUGGAAAGCUGGUCUAUAUUUCUCGCUUAAAGAACUUCUUUGGAAAAACAACCCUACUUAAAAAGAAAUUUUUCUCACUACUCUGAGUUUUUUAUCCUCAAAAACAAACAUUUCCACUGACCUCUUUUGUGACUUGAACCACACUUCAAGUCUAAGAAUACAUAAUGAUAGUGAUGUUUAUUAGCACUACAAUUGAGUUCUUGGCAUCAAGAAUUCUUGGCAGUAAUGUUGAGCCAUUUUUUUCUUGCUUUUUUUAUCUUCAACAUUGCUGGAGUUAUUACUUACUAAAUUCCAAAUUUCCGCUGUACUACAAAAUUUGGAAGUGAUUGUGCACAACUGCUCUCUUCCUGCUUGUAAAUUUGCCAGUUUUACCACUUUAAAUUACCUGAUUUCCUGAAUACGUGUCAUCACGUGUUAACCAGUUUCUCCGUUUCACAGGACCUAUAUAGCCUGUUAGGUGAUUGCUGGGUUGUUGGGAGGUGUAAUAUAUACAGGUUUUUGGUUUUUGUGCUUUUUUUCCAAUAGACUAACACUAUCCCUAAUUUUUAAAUCUGAUUUGCAAAGCAUUGUAUUUAAUUCCUGGCACUCUACCGUUAACCUUACUUUGCUUGUUUUGUCAGUAUUACUACCUUUUGCAAGAAGUUUAAUAUAUUUCCCAAACUACUAUGAUUAAUUUUUAAUAGAAUUUUUAUGUCUAAAAACACUACGAGUUAUAAUUUGAAAAAGCUAAUAAAAAUCAAAUGGCCACAGGGUGCCGGAGUGGCUCAGUCA